AUGCAGAAGAAGAAUGAAGACAAUCUCACUUCAAUUUAUUGUAUAUUAACUUGGCAUGCUGGUUUAUAAAUAUCUCUGUACGGCACCUCUAAACCGCCCCCUUACUAGCCAUUGAAAGAGUCUAAAUUGAUCGUCAAAAUUCUUUUACUAUUUUUUUUUUGGUCGAGAUUCUUUUACUAUUUGAUGUCAUAAAAAUUGAGCUGAUAUAUAGGACAACGUAAUUCUCAGAAUACUUGCUUUUUAGAAAGACAGAGUUCGAUCAUAAUCUGAUUUUGCUACUUUAUCCAACCUAGGAGCUGUGAAGGGGGAAGAAUUUGAUAUCAUGGCAAAUUCUAAGCUGCAAGCAAUUUGGAACCACCCAGCCGGCCCAAAAACUAUUCAUUUUUGGGCCCCAACUUUUAAAUGGGGUCUAACCAUUGCAAAUAUUCUUGACUCCUCAAAACCACCUGAGGACUUAUCCUAUGCUCAGCAAUCAGUCCUUGCAUGCAGUGGACUUAUAUGGGCAAGAUACAGCACAUUAAUUAAACCAAAGAACUGGAAUCUUGUCAGUGUCAAUCUUGGGAUGUCUCUAACUGCCCUGUUUCAACUGUCACGUAAAAUUCAGCAUGACUCAUCUGCCAAAAACCAGCAAGCUUCUGCAGAAGAAGAAUAAAGACAAUUUCACUUCAACUUAUUGUAUAUUAACUUGGCAUGCUGGUUUCUAGCUAGACAGACUCUUGUUCUAGUCAUGUAAAAUUAUUAUUACUUACAGUAAAACAUAAUCUUUCUCAUGGAUUAUUAUUGGAUUAUGUUUGAACCUCAUGAUUCAAUUGAGGCCAAUGAAAAAUUAACCUCAUCGACUGCUUCUUUCUCCCUGA